AGUGCAGCCCAGUUGUGGGUGGCUGCGAUACUCGCGCCUUCGAAAAACCCUUAUAAACAAAAAUAUCUCGCGAGUUUUAUCUCUUUUAAUUGGUUUUCCACCAAUGAUAUUAUAUUUCCCGAUUCGCGUCGUCGCGGGAGAAUUUUGACGAUCAAAUCGUUUGAUCGUGGCGAUCAGAUCGUUCUCUCUUCUUUAUCUUUCGUUUUGUUUUCUCUGUUUUUUUUUUUGUUGUUUCUGGUAUCGGGUUUAUAAAAAUUUAUGUUCCUGUGUCACUGUGAAUUGUAAUAUCGUGAAGUUUUUCCAGUUCUACACUGUGACCGGAUUACAAUAGUGCGACCGCAAAGUUGCGUGGACCGAUCAAUCUCGAUCUCUACAGAUCGCGGCGAGAAACAAAAAAACCUAUAAGAGGAUGUCUGAGAAAUCGAAUGAAAUCUAAUCGAGCAACAACGCCAAAAAUAAAUAAAUAGACAAACAAGUUAAUAAAUAAUAAAAUUCAAAGAACCGAGAAUAUCCACUGUCUACGAGAUGCAGAAAAAGAAGAAGUUCUUCCUAGAUCGAAUCGCCAAUAAAGAUCAAGUUUGAAAAUACAAAUAUUUGAAACCAAACUAAAAGAAGACCGAACAAAAAAAAACUUAAUAAAAACGAAGGAAUGUACGGGGGCGGUGGUACCGCCGGUAGUUCAGGGUACGGGGUGGGUCAAUCUCCUGGAUCAGUUCCCUCCUCGUACGCCCCAGUUACAAUUCCUCCUGUAGGAAUGGGUUAUCAAUUGGGACCUUCGGGUUCGAUAUCGGGAAUUCAGCAGGGUCCCCAGGGGUCAAUUAUAACGGGGCAGAGUCAAUCCCAAAUAUUAUCCCCAUUGUACACAUCGCCGCAACAAAAUCAUCCGCAAAGCGGAAUUUCACCCGCGCAAACCUCGUCGCACCAUAUGCAACAAAAUCUUCAGCAUCAAAAUACUCCGAGUGCAGGUGGAAAUAAUUCGGUUAACGAUAACGCACAGAGUAAAAGGAGAAGAUCCGAUGAGGACGACCCGAGCGCGGGAAAAUACGGAAGAAUGGAGGAUGACAAUAUACCAGACAAGGAGAGAUUUGCCAGUCGGGAGAAUCACUGUGAAAUCGAACGCCGUAGAAGAAACAAGAUGACCGCUUAUAUUACCGAAUUAUCGGAUAUGGUACCCACGUGUUCCGCCUUAGCUCGAAAACCAGAUAAAUUAACGAUACUGAGAAUGGCAGUGGCACAUAUGAAGGCGUUGAGGGGGACGGGGAACACGAGCACAGACGGUACCUACAAGCCAUCCUUCCUUACGGACCAGGAACUCAAACACCUCAUUCUUGAGGCUGCUGACGGAUUUUUAUUCGUUGUCAGUUGCGAUACAGGGCGAAUCAUUUACGUAUCAGACUCUGUCGCACCCGUCCUAAACUACUCGCAAAGCGAAUGGUAUGGCACCAGUUUCUAUACCCAGGUACACCCUGACGACGCUGAAAAAGUCAGGGAGCAGCUUAGCGCCGCCGAACCACAACAUGCCGGAAGGGUUCUCGAUCUCAAAACUGGAACGGUCAAGAAGGAGGGACAUCAAUCUUCCAUGAGACUCUGCAUGGGAUCCAGAAGGGGAUUUAUAUGCAGAAUGAAAGUAGGCAGUCUUCAAACUAGCGGUGACAUGGCAGCAGCUCAUGGACUCCAUCGUCUUAAGCAGAGAAAUUCCCUCGGACCACCUGCGAGAGACGGACAGAGUUACGCGGUUGUUCACUGCACUGGUUAUAUUAAAAAUUGGCCACCUACGGGUGAUUUUGUUUCCCCGUGUGUACCAGGUGUGGGUAUAGGUGACAGGGGACAGGGCGGGGGGGUCCAGGGGGGACCCGAUGGUGUCGGGGGAGAAGACGGAAGCUCCACACAUUGCUGCCUUGUCGCAAUAGGGCGACUACAAGUUACCAGCACGCCGAACACUAGUGAUUUGACAGGAUCGAAUAGCAACAACGAAUUCAUCUCUCGACAUUCUGCCGAAGGUAAAUUCACGUUUGUCGAUCAAAGGGUCGCAGGAAUUUUAGGAUACACACCUUCGGAAUUACUCGGACAUCCCUGCUAUGAUUUUUUCCACCCCGAGGAUCUGUCUCACAUGAGAGAAAGCUUCGAACAAGUGUUGAAACUUAAGGGACAAGUUAUGUCGGUCAUGUACCGGUUUAGAGCAAAAAAUCGCGACUGGGUAUGGCUAAGAACCUCCGCAUUUGCCUUCUUAAAUCCUUAUACCGACGAAGUCGAGUAUAUCGUCUGUACAAAUACAACGGCAAAAUCUCUCCACUCUGGAAGCGACGGUACGCAAAAUGAAGGCGAAGCUGUUGCGGCCUACGGGCAACCUGGUCUCGACUACAGCCUUCAAAGACAUCCUACGAGAGAUGCCAUUUACUCUGCUCAUCACAUGAUGCAGCAUCCAGCAACGGUUGCUACCGCAGGACCACAACAAGCAAGGCCUUCUAGUGCUCAGAAUGUUUAUCAGGGUUACGAGACGACGCAAUCUCCCAUAGCGUAUGGAUCUCCGGGUCAGCAGAGUGCAACAUCUUCUGUUUUAAAUCGGAUACAAAAACCAACUAACACGUCACCAACUCCAGUGCAACAAGCUUGGGCGCUUAGCAGACAGCAACAACCUGUCACCGAGGGUUAUCAAUACAGCCAAUUGAGUCCCUCGAGAUCUCCGAGUGGACCAACGUAUACCCAACUUAGCAGUGGAGCAAGGACGCCUGCUACUCCUUAUCAUGCCGUUACAACGGUUCCAAACAAUCCAGGCAUGUGGGGUUGGCAAGGACAACAACACCAAGGAACACACCAGGCACAACAAGACGGAGGUCAGUCUGGAGCCCCAGGUCCUCCUCAAAACCAAGGAUCUCAUCCUUCGCAAGGAGGUCCGGGGCCACAACCACAGGAAUUGUCGGAUAUGCUUCAAAUGUUGCAGGACCAAGGUGGAGCCUCAGGAUUCGAAGAGCUCAAUAUGUUUAAUACAAAUUUCGAGUAGUAGGAAAUGAAUUUUCAGUCCUAAAAUACUCUCGUCGAUAAUCUUUAUUCUCAAUUUUUUCUGCCCGUAUCUGUGCGAUAAAUGAUUGAAUUUUUUUUUUAUCGAUUUAAUCUGCGAACGAAGAUAGAAAACGUGAGAGGUCACCUUUUCCAAUUUCCCAAAAAAAACGAGAAAGAUAAAACAAUCCAAUCGCUUGCUGACAUUUUUCAUAAACAUUUUUCCAAAAAGCGUACAUUUUUGCAACGUAUUCAUCAUUAUCAAUGGCAUAUUAGGUCUUCUUCGAUAAAAAAAAAAAAAAAAGCCAAUCUUUCUGUUGGAAGAAUUUUUUUUAUCGUAGAUAAUAAUACCGUGAAAAAAAGAAUGAAAUAUUUUUCAAAACUCACUGACGAAAACAAAAACAAACAAAUUCAAAUAUUCAUAAGGCGUUUUACAGUCUUCUUUCCGAUAUUUCUGUAAUAAUAUGCUUUUAUUGUAGGUGUUCUUGUACGAUAAGAUAAAAUAGGCUUCACACGUCAAAACAUUAGGUAAUAUCAUUUUUCUUUCUUUUUUCAUGUUUGUAAACAGUGCAAUUAUCUAUACAUAAGUAUAUAUUCAUAUUAUUAUAUUAAAGAUUAAUGAUCAGUAAUCAUUUAUUCGAUAUGAUACUUAGACACCAACACGUCACGACAAUGUACAAAAUUAUUCUAAUGCACGCACUUGGCAGAACAAACAAAACAGCCGCAGCUUGUUACGUUAAGAUAAAAAAGAAGAAAAAUCGAAAACAAAAACAUGAAGAAAAGUCAAUUCAGUAUCAUUUACAGAUUUUUUAUUAGUUAAUAUUAAUCAUGGCGAUAAUAAUAAUAAUAGUAAUAAUAUAAUAAUGACAACAUUGAUUAGCACGUUAAAUACAAAACAAAAAAAAUAACAAUUGAUUAUGAUUACUGUAUUGAAAGCUUAUUGAAAGUGUCUUGACCGUCACAGAAAACUCACAAAAAAUGGAGGAAAAGCAGAAUGGACCGCAAAAUGAUCGGAGCAUAUCAUGGUGAAUGAAAUUUUUCUUUUUCUCAAUACAUGGGGAAUUAAAACAUGAACUCGUUUGUUUGAAAAUUUCAUUUAUUAAGGUCAACAAUGAAAUUGAUGAUACAACUUUUAAAAACUAAGUAACUAUAAUAUAUUUACAAUUUUAAUUUAA